GUCAAAUCAAAUCAAACGGGUUUUGUAUUACUUGAAUUUAUUUUCACUAAUGAUAAUGAAAAUGGAUAUAAUGAGAAAGAUGUAAUAUGGUUUGAAUCAUCAGAAAAAAAAUGGAUAUCAAUAGUAGAUAAAUUAUGCAAAAUCGAAAAUAUUGAUAUUUUAGAAAGGGGGCUUGAUACAUUAUCUAUGUGUAAUGUUAUAAAUAAAGCAUUAAAUGAUGCAUUAGGAUGGGACCUUGGAAUUGUACCAAAUAUUGCCUUCACACAUAAUUCUGAUCAUAUAACAAAAGAUGAGCAGGGUGUAGAGUAUCUGAUUACAGUAACAGGUAAUGUUGUAGUUAUUGAUGAUGAAAAAACUAAUUAUCUUUUAUAUAUAAGAACACCAUGGAUCCAAAAAGUUAAAGAAAUUCCAUAUAUAAAUAGAUAUGAAUUUCAAAUG